AUGUUUGAGGACAGAUUCCAGGGUCUGAAUCUUCAUGGAGAGGAAGAGGACGAUUUGGAUUUGUCAGGUGAGAUCGAUGAAUUGAUUGAAGAGACGAGAUGGAUUGCUAUUUUUAGGGUUCAUACACAGCGACCCUUUAGCCAUGUUGCUCUGUACAAAGCGAUGAGGAACGCUUGGACACCAGCACAGGGAGUGAUCUUCAAGGCGAUGAAACCAAAUCUGUUCCUGGGUCAGUUUAUGUGUCUUGGCGAUUGGAAUCGCGUGAUGAACGGAGGGCCCUGGUUAUUUCGGAACGCGGCAAGUCCUAUGGAGGAGUACGAUGGUCUGACAAAUGUGGAUGAGUACAAGUUGGAUCGCAUCCCAGCGUGGGCACGUAUCAUAGGCAUCCCUGAGGGGCUCAUGAAGAAAAAGGAGAUUGCAGAGAAAAUAGCAAGAAAAGUUGGAAUAUCUCCUGUGAAGGUCAUUGUCAAUGAAGGUCGAAUAAAUCCUACAAAUUUCUUGAGAGCUCGUGUUCACCUAAAGCUUGAUGCCCCACUUGUGCGUUUUGUGCCUUUAACCCUGAAGGAGAGCAAGAGGUGCCCUGUGGACUAUGAUAAACUUCCAGAUUUCUGUGAUUUCUGUGGUCUGAUGGGGCAUGUGGUAAUUGAGUGCGGGGAUGGAAUACACUGA